CAAAAGAAGAAAGCACAAAUGCAAGAGAACAGACAGAUCAAGAUAAGAAAGUGCUAAAGGAGGAAAUUUCACAACUCAAUGAAAUGGAGGAGAAACCUCAUCAUUUGAUACCCAAAGAAGAAUCUCUGAGCUGCUCGAUUACUGUGAGGAAUUUGUCUCCUAAAAGGAACAACAAGCAAAAAUCAACAGCCAAUGAUGCUUUUAUGUGCCCUCAGUGUGGAAAGACCUUCACAUAUAAAUAUAAACUUAAUGAGCACAUGAAACUUCACACUGGAGAAAAGCCUCACCGAUGUGAUCAGUGUGGAAAGAGUUUCAUUCAUAAGAAUGAUAUUAAUAGGCACAUGAGGAUUCACACUAAAGAAAGGCCUUACAGAUGUGAUCAGUGUGGAAAAAGUUUCAGUUGUAAGUUUGAACUCAACGUGCACAUGAGAAUUCACACUAAAGAAAGGCCUUACAGAUGUGAUCAAUGUGGAAAAACCUUCAAUAGAAAAUCGCAUUUAAGUGAGCACACAAAAAUUCACACUAGAGCAAAACCUUACACAUGUGAUCAGUGUGGAAAGAGUUUCAUUUGUAAGACUGACCUUAAUCAGCACAUACAAAUUCACACUGGAGACAAACCUUACAGCUGUGAUCACUGUGAAAAGAACUUCAGGUAUAAAGGGCACCUUAAUGAACACAUGAGAAUUCACACUGGAGAAAAGCCUCACAGAUGUGAUCAAUGUGGAAAAAGUUUUCUUCGUAGGUUUAAUCUCAACAAGCACAUAAGAAUUCACACUGGAGAAAAACCUUACACAUGUGAUCAGUGUGGAAAGAGUUUCAUUCAUAAGAAUGAUCUUAAUAGGCACAUGAGGAUUCACACUAAAGAAAGGCCUUACAGAUGUGAUCAGUGUGGAAAGAGUUUCAGUUGUAAGUUUGAACUCAACGUGCACAUGAGAAUUCACACUAAAGAAAGGCCUUACAGAUGUGAUCAAUGUGGAAAAACCUUCAAUAGAAAAUCGCAUUUAAGUGAGCACACAAAAAUUCACACUAGAGUAAAACCUUACACAUGUGAUCAGUGUGGAAAGAGUUUUCUUCGUAGGUUUAAUCUCAACAAGCACAUAAGAAUUCACACUGGAGAAAAACCUUACACAUGUGAUCAGUGUGGAAAGAGUUUCAUUCAUAAGAAUGAUCUUAAUAGGCACAUGAGGAUUCACACUAAAGAAAGGCCUUAAAAUGUCCCUACUACGUUGAUUUUCGUAUUUGAAAAGUUCAGAUGCAAAAACCACUAAAUGCUCACUAAAAGUGAGAUAAUAAUAUUAAAUAGUAUUUGAUUGGUUCGACUUUGCUCCUCAAACAUAACACCCAAAUUCAGCAUUAUAAGUUUUGAAUGAGAAGUAAGAGUCGAACGAAUGUCCGGUAGUGAACUAAUUGUUUACAGUUUUUAUUUUGCAAUUCUGUCAGAAAUGUCAAGAUUGUGAGACGAACAAAUCGUUUUGGAUUAAAAGGCUUGGAUAUUACAUUUCCUUGGACUCUUGGGGAUUUAUGAUCAAUUUGUUUUGGACAAUUUCACCAAAGUGGAUAAAGGGAAGAUUUUGAAGAUAAGUAAACACACUGAAGGAAGAAAACAAGCAACUACGUUAAGAUUCAGCCUUUCAUCCUCUCUAGAAAGAUAAAAAAUGAUCUGUAAGUACAGUGACAGUCAGAAGACAUCUGAUUGAAGCUGAGCUGUUUGCAAAAAGCCCCCAUAAAGAACCAUUGUUGAAAAAAAGGCAUGAGCAGAAUCACAUCAACACAUAAAUGGCUCAAAGAAAAAUGGCGUAAAAUUUUGUGGCCUGAUGAGAAUAAAAUUGUUCUUUUCAGGUCAAGUGGUUAUCGGCAGAACCUCAGGCGACUCGGAUACUGAAUUCAAGCCACGGUACACUAUAGACCGUUUUAUUGGGCGCCCGUGCGGUGACGCGAUAAGCGUCUGGUCCGAAUUUUACUUCCGGUUUCUGUUUGUUUAAUGGUCUGACUAGUUGCUGAAACUGAACUCUUAAACAAAUACCUUGUCGAAAAUAACAAAUGUUUUGGGUUCCUAUGUAAUAUACGUGUUGUUUAUUUUGCUUGUUACAUAAAUAAACUACUUUAAAAGGA